AUGGUGUUUAGUUAGUGUCUUACCAAUAUGCAAUAUCCAAUAUCCUGAUUACGAGCUAGUAUAAACCAGUGAUUUCUUGGAGCUCACAUCUUGAUUGUGAGGUUAACUAUACUGUGGGAAAGUUGGUCGUUCUUGUUGCCCUUGGCUAACCAUGAAUGCUAACAGCAGCAACCCGUACGUCAUUUCGUUACUGUCAGGUUCAACUGCUGGACUUUGUGUUGAUCUUGCAUUGUUCCCAGUCGACACUAUUAAAACACGUUUGCAAAGUUAUCGUAAUAAUGUGCAAAGAACACCGGGAUCUCUUCGUCUUUUCGCUGGUUUACCAGCAGUCAUUGUGGGUUCUGCUCCUGCAGCUGCAGCUUUUUUUGUAGUCUAUGAGACCGUUAAAGAAAAUUUCAAACACCUUGGUGUGCAUCCUGUAUAUUAUUCUAUGAUAUCCGCAUGUAUUGCUGAAGUUGUUGCUUGUGUCAUAAGAGUCCCAUGUGAGGUAGUAAAACAAAGGGCACAAAAUCAUCCUUCUCAUGGAGUUUCAACUGUGUUUCUUCAAACUUUACGCAAUGAGGGUGUUCGAGGAUUCUACAGAGGAUAUAUAAGCACAUUGUCACGCGAAAUUCCAUUUUCAUUUAUUCAAUAUCCUAUAUGGGAAUAUCUAAAAUCGGUAACUAUGGAGUGGAACAGAAAGACAAUUGGAGGUGAUUCCACUGCAGAUCCAUCAGUCUUCCAUUUGAAGGCCUGGCAAUCAGCUUUGUGUGGAUGCCUAGCAGGUACAAUAUCUGGCGCUGUGACUACACCAUUAGAUGUGGCGAAAACCCGAAUCAUGUUGGCAGAGUCGAAUUCUAAACUUGCAUCAGGUCAUGUUUUAUAUGCUAUGCGGACAGUGUUUCAAGAGAAUGGAAUCCGUGGGCUGUUCUCCGGCUUGGUACCUCGAGUGGUUCUAUUGUCUUUUGGAGGUGCAAUAUUUCUUGGUAUAUAUGAUAUUUCUAGAAGAUUUUGGAUUUUGUCACUUCAAAAUUUUAGAAUAAUGUAAUAUAAUAUUGAUCAGACUGCAUGAUAUGUAUAGUAUUAUUUUAUGUAUAUAGAGCUUGUAUUAGAGUUUUCCCUCUUUUCUUUCUAAUGCAUAGUUAUAUAUGACUGACUAGUUACAAUGUAGAACUUUGCACAGAUGUGUAUCAGUUCAAAUCGCCAUAUCCCAUGUAGCACGCAAAGCAAGAGAAGCGAGUAAAAAGAUUUUUCAAACAGAGGUAUAAGGCGAAAAGAAUAGUAAUAUUGAAGAACAAUAUAGUUUUAUUGGAUAAUAUAAGUCGCAAGGAGUGGAUGCAUCUGCACCAGCCAUUGAGAACGACUAUGAGCCAUAUCACCGAUUCUCUUCAGCCAUUGGUUUUUGCAGUCCCGAGGACCCUAACCAUGAAGUCUAUAUCUUCCUACGUGACUUUACCUGUCAAAGAUUCCAUUGACUGAUGCCAUGUUUUGAUUUGACCACCACUGUCACUUUUCAAACUUGAUCCAUCCUAUGUCAGCUAAAAUUGCCAGUCAGUCGAGGAGGGCGAUGUCUAGGAAUACUUAAAACAUGUCCUAACCAUCUCAAUUGAUGUAACCUCACGACCUCGUCUACUGAUCACCCCUCCUUACCUAGAACUCGACCGAAGCCUAACCUCAAUAUCGCUCACCUUAUUGUACCACUUCACAUAGGAGAUAGAAAGCAGACAGGUAUGAUCACAGACAGCUAGCUGGCUUUUUUAUGUCUUCCACUCUCAAUGGCCAGAUCUCACAGCCAUAAAGGAGGACGGAG